AUCUCUCUCUCUCUCUCUCUCUAGUUAGUCAUGGAAGCAAUCAACAACACUCGUUGUUCUUCUUCUUCUGCAACUUCAUCUUCAUCGUCUUCAGAUUCUACUUCUUCUGAGUCGUCAAAACAACCAGCAGUGAGAAAGAUAGAGACAAAGAAAUCGGAGAGAAUCAAAGGGCCAUGGAGCACCGAGGAAGACAAGGUUCUUACCAGACUGGUCGAACAACACGGCGCUCGAAACUGGUCUUUGAUAAGCCGUUACAUACCCGGUCGGUCCGGGAAAUCGUGCCGGCUCCGUUGGUGCAACCAGCUAAGCCCCAAUGUGGAGCACCGUCCCUUCUCUCCCGCAGAGGACGAAACUAUCUUAGCCGCCCAUGCCAAGUACGGGAACAGAUGGGCCACUAUUGCUCGGUUGCUCCCCGGUCGGACCGAUAAUGCCGUGAAGAACCAUUGGAACUCGACACUUAGGAGGAAGCCGAAAGAAGUAGUAGCGGUGGCUGAGAGAGAUAUUAAUAAUGGAAGUGGGACAAUGACUCGGGGGUAUGGGUAUUUGUCAACCCCAGUCGAGCCGGAGCCGGAGCCGGAACCACAGACCGCUUUGACGCUAGCGCCGCCCGGGAUAGGUUGUGCGGCGCCGGAGAGGCAGAUUCAGAUGAAGAACUUGCCGGCGAGGUUUUGGGAUAUGAUGAGGGAUGUGAUUGCGAGAGAGGUUAGGAAUUAUGUGACGGCGUCUUUGUCUGAAACAGCAACUGCUGGGCCUGGCCUAUCCAUGGAAGGGCAUACGACGGAUUAGCAGUCUCUCUCUCUCUCUCUCUCUGCCUUGGCUUCUGUGUUCAUUUUUUUUCUAAUCUUAAUUAAUUACUUGUUAAAAUUGUUCAAAGCCAAAUAAUAGCUUUC